AUGCAAAAUCAAUCCACGGUUGAGUAUUCUGAUCUUGAAGUUGGUAAUGAGCCGACCUGGGAGAUUACUUCUUCAGUUGGAAAAGUUGUCUAUAAGAAUCCAUUUCAAGAGCAAAAUGCAAGAGGCAUACAUGUUAUGCUAGGGCAGGCUUUCCGGAACGAGAAUGGUGAUAAUCACCGUAGUUGUGAUUCACCAGGCGAGAUUUUGAGAUACAUUGAUCAGGUGCUCAUGGAAGAUGACUUGGAGGGACCGACGAAUACGCUUCAGGAGUCUUCAGAUUUCAAGGCGAAAAUGAAAUUGUUUUAUGAGGUUCUUGGCCAAACGUACCCACCUUCUCCACAGCAGCAAGAAGACCUAGCUCCUCACAACCAAUGUGACGUUACUGAACCGUCGUGUCAAAAUCCUAAAAAAGUUACAAAUACGACGGCGAAUAAUGUAGAGAAGAAUUCAAGCCCCGGAGCAAAGGGAAACAGCAUUGAGAAAAAUCUUGUGGAUUACAUGACAGACCUGAAAAUCUCGGCAAGUAAGAGGAUGGAAAAAUAUGAGGUCAAGGGCCGCCCCUCUCGUAAGAAACAGAACACAAAGGAAGAAGUGAUCGAAUUUACCGAUCUCUUGAUCACGUGCGCCCAAUCCAUUUCUUCGGGUGACCAUCGAUCCUCGAAAGAAUUGCUGCGGAACAUCAGAAAGCAUGCAUCCCCUUAUGGCGACAGUAAUCAAAGGAUGGCCUACUAUUUCGCCAAUGGGCUGGAGGCCCGUAUGAACGGGACCGGCAGCCAAAUAUACAAAUCCCUCGUCAACGAAAGAAAGGACCCUUCUGACUACCUGAGAGCCUUCUUCAUGUCCCUCGUGUCCUCCUCGCUCUUCAAUAUUCCGAAUCUCGUUUUGAACAAGCUGAUCGUGGUCAAAUCUGAAAAAGCAUCAAGGGUCCACAUCAUAGAAUUCGGCACGUUUUACGGCUUCCAGUGGCCUGCUUUAAUCCGGCGCUUGUCCAAACGGGAGGGAGGGCCCCCGAAGCUCAAGAUUACUGGGGUUGACUUCCCGCAUUCUGGCCCUUGGCCCUGCGAGCAGGCCGGGGAGACGGGCCGCCGUCUAGCCAUGUAUGCUGAGAUGUUCAGUGUGCCGUUUGAGUAUAAUGCGAUAUCACAGUCUUGGGGAUCCGUGAGAAUUGAGGAUCUCAAGAUGGAGGAGGGCGAAUUCGUGUUUGUCAAAUGUGUGCACGUGUCUAAGAAUUUGCCAACUGAGGAAGUUGAGGGGGAAAGCCCGAGAAGUAUGUUCCUCGACCUGGUCAAGAGAAUCAAUCCGGAUAUCUUCUUGCAUGGGGUGCUGAACGUGAUAGCCUGCGAGGGCCCGGAUAGAGUUGAGAGGCCCAAGACGUAUAGGCAGUGGCACGUGCGUCAUACGAAGGCUGGUUUUGUUAUGGUCCCUUUCGGGAGUGAUUUGACGAGCAUGGUAAGGGAAAGGGUGAGGAAAUUUUACCAUAGGGAGUUUUUGAUCAGUGAGGAUGGCCUUUGGCUGUUGCUCGGGUGGAGGGGGCGAACGGUUUCUGCAGUUUCUUGUUGGCAGCCCGCUCGGGAAAUUUAG